AUGACCACCUCCACCCACAAAAAGACGGCGGCGCAGGAUAUCUCGACCCUUGGUGGUUUUAUGGCGGGUGGGGUUGCAUCAUGCCUCGCAGUGACCUUUACCAACCCUAUUGAGAUCGUCAAGACAAGACUCCAGCUCCAGGGAGAGAUGGCUGCGAAAGAUGCGUCGGUUCCCAGACCGUACAAAAACACGUUUCAGGCCUUGGGGGCUAUUUACAAGAACGAGGGUGCCAGAGCCUUGCAAAAAGGGUUGGGCUGCGCCUACGUGUACCAGAUCGGACUCAACGGGUGCAGAUUGGGGUUGUACGAACCCGUCAGAGUGAAUUUAAAUAAACUCUUCUACGCAGACCAGGACCCAUACAAGGUCCAAAACGUGUCUAUCAACGUUUUCACAGGUGCGGUAACGGGUAUGGCCGGCGCCGUAGCCGGUAACCCGUUCUUCUUGAUAAAGACCAGGAUGCAAUCCUACUCCACCGCCAUCCAGGUGGGGCAGCAGACCCACUACAGCAGUUCCUGGGCUGGGUUGCGCACCAUUCUUCGAAUCGAAGGCGUACGGGGCUUGUAUCGGGGGGUGGAUGCGGCGAUGUUGAGAACCGGGGCAGGCUCUUCCGUGCAGUUGCCUGCGUACAACAUGGCGAAAGGGUUUGCUCAGAGGCACGACUUGAUCUCUGAGGGCCCAGCGUUGCACUUGCUCUCAUCUACGUUUGCGGGUAUCGGUGUUGGUUUGGCGAUGAACCCGUGGGAUGUAAUCUUAACUAGGUUGUACAACCAGAAGGGGAAUUUCUAUAGCGGGCCAAUCGACUGCUUCCAGAAGACCGUGAGAUCCGAGGGGGUCAUGGCGUUGUACAAGGGUUUGGGUGCCCAGCUCUUGCGUAUCGCCCCACAAACCGUCUUGACCUUGACCUUUAUGGAGCAGACCAUGAAGGCGGCCCAUUACUUUGAGAACGAGGUGCUUCCGAUCCAAAAGUUGGCUGCCUAG